AUGCACGACUCCAUGCGCGACCCUCACUCCUGCCAAACCUGCAAAACCUGCAAAUUUGCAAACCUCGACACUUUGAUGCCCAGCACAGGAUACCCUACCGGUGGCCCUAUGCAUCCCAACAUCUCGCCUCCCAUCCGCCCGAGACACCGAGAUGGAAAUGGCGAGGACGAUGGCGAGGGCGAUGGCCAUGGCGAUGGUGAAGGCUGA